AUGGCUUUCAGUUUCAACUUUGGAGGCGACGAUAUCGAUCAGACCGUCGAUCAAGACGUUCCAAUCCUGGACGCGCCAUCCACAGAAGCAGACACGACAUUACAAACACCAUCUCCCGUCAACGUCCUCCAACAUGAUUUGCGCCAAUUAUACGACACCCUGCCGGAUAGACUAUGCUACAGCACUGCUUCGAUCACCUCGCCAACCGGCAAACAAAUUCUACUGCCGCGUCGCGAACUCUUCGAUAUUCGUGUGCAACUCAUGUCAGAAGCAUCUGCCGAAAAUGACAACGAUGUCACGUUAUCGCAAUUGCAGUCCACAGACCUAGCGCCCAAUGUCUACGAAGGCGGUUUCAAGACUUGGGAAUGCAGUGUUGAUUUGUCGUCUUUGCUGCUUGACCGCGGUCCCCGCAAAGACAUUGACGAGUUGGUGCGGUGUGAUGGGGUUGUGGAGUUGGGUGCAGGGUCUGCAUUGCCGACCCUAACACUAUUCCAACACUGUCUACGAAACGGCAUUCCUCAGACCUUUACUUUGACAGACUAUAACAGUUCUGUGUUGCGUCUGGUCACAUUGCCGAAUCUGCUACUUACGUGGGCGGCUUGCACCUCUCCCCCUUUGAUCGAUUUAUCCGCCGAACCCUCUGGCGAUCUCGAGAAUAUUCCUGCACUGUUACCGCAAUUCCUGGCUGCUCUUGCCGCCUCAAGGAUCCAAUUGUCUUUUAUCUCGGGCCCUUGGGGCGAAUCCCUUGCCUCUCUGAUCCCUGAAUCUGCUCCUGAUAUGGGAAGUUUGAUUUUGGCCAGCGAGACCAUUUAUUCGCCAGCUUCCACGACAGCGUUUGUGGAUUUGCUGAUUCGUUUGCUGCAACGCACGAAAAUGGCAAAGGCGAUUGUGGCUGCAAAGAGAUUCUACUUUGGCGUUGGGNGGAGUGUUGAUCAUCUCAAGGAGGUGUGUGCAGAAAAGGGUGCUGUGGCAUAUGAGGUGGAGAAUUCGGGUGUGCCUGGUAUGGAUUCUGGGGUUGGGAGGGCGCUGGUCGAGGUGCAGAUGUAUUGA